AUGACGGUGGCUGCCGCGGCGGACGAGCACCAGCAAGCCCUAGGUGACGACGGCGCGGCCAUGAAGGAGCUGGAGGCGCAGCAACCGUCCUACUGCUCGCUGGCCGCGCCGGUCACCAACCCCGUCGACAAGUUCGCGCUGCUCCCCGCGUUCCUCAAGGUCCGAGGCCUCGUCAAGGAGCACAUUGACUCCUUCAACUACUUCAUCACCAGGGGAAUCAGGAAGACCAUCGAGGCAAACAAUCGCAUUGAAGCGCGCAAUGACCCAAACAUUUACCUUAAGUACACCAAAGUAUAUGUUGGCACGCCCUCCGUUCAAGUGGAUUACAAAAUCGAAGCUAUCACGCCGCACUUUUGCCGCCUUACUGACCGCACUUAUUCUGCUCCUAUAAGAGUUGAUGUCGAAUAUACCGUAGGCAAGCAGCAAAAACCACAGGAGAAGUGCCCUCUUGAUCCUGGUGGCUACUUUAUUGUCAAAGGGACUGAGAAGGUCAUUCUAAUACAAGAACAGCUAUCAAAGAAUUGUAUUAUUAUCGACACCGAUAGUAAAGGAAGGGUAAUUGCAUCUGUUACCAGCAGCACACAUGAAAUUAAAAGCAAGACCGUGAUUACUAUGGAUAAGGAGAAAGUCUACCUACAGCUGAAUCAGUUCACGAAACCGAUUCCAAUAAUGGUGGUCAUGAAAGCUAUGGGAAUGGAAAGCGAUCAAGAGAUUGUACAAAUGGUUGGAAGAGAUCCAAGAUAUGGUGACAUCCUAUUCCCAUCUAUUCAGGAAUGUGCUUCAGAGAGAAUAUAUACACAACAGCAAGCCCUGCAGUACAUGGACGAGAAGGUCACUUAUGCUGGUGCAGGAAACCAGAAGGAAGGCCGUGCAAGAUCAAUCCUGCGUGAUGUGUUUAUUGCACAUGUGCCGGUUGAGAAUGGCAACUUCCGACAAAAAUGUAUAUACACUGGUGUAAUGUUGAGGCGCAUGAUGGACGCGAUCUUGAAUGCUGACACCUUUGAUGACAAGGAUUAUGUAGGGAAUAAGAGGCUGGAGCUGUCGGGUCAAUUAAUAUCCCUGCUUUUUGAGGAUUUGUUUAAAACAAUGAAUUCCCAAGCUGUAGAGCUGAUGAACAAAAAUAGUGACAGGACUCGUUCUAGCCCAUCGGAUUUUAGCCAGGCUGGUGUGUCUUGUGGUCGAUUCCAUUAUGGCAGUGCAUUUGGUGAACCAAGUGGGAAUGCUGAUAAGGUUGAAGACAUAAGCAAUACUCUAAUCAAGCAUGGCUUCAGCUGUAACGGAAAAGAUUUCUUGUACUCCGGUCUUCGUCUUGGUGAAAUGGAGCGUGAUUGUUUGAUUGCAUAUGGUGCUAGCAUGCUCAUCUUUGAACAUCUUUUGCUAUCCAGUGAUCCAUAUCAAGUUCAGGUUUGCAGAAAGUGUGGCUUGUUGGGGGUACUACAAUCACAAACUGAAGACUCUGCACUGUUCAAUGUGCAAGAACGGGGAAAAUAUGGCCAAGAUGAGGCUGCCAUAUGCUUGCAAGCUUUUGUUCCAGGAGUUGCAAGCGAUGAAUGUUGUUCCACGACUGAAGUUAACUGA